CAUUCGUUCUUCUGCCGCCUGACGGAAGAUAAGAAGUCUGAAAAGUUCUUUAAGGUUUUUUAUGAUCGCAUGAAAGUGGCGCAGCAAGAAAUCAAGGCUACUGUCACAGUCAAUACUAGUGACUUAGGAAACAAAAAGAAAGAUGAAGACUCAGACAGAGAUGCACCGAGCAGGAAAAGAGUGAGAGAGCCAAUGACUCAAAUUACCGAAGAGGUCCGGGAUCAGUUACUGGAGGCUUCUGCAGCCACAAGAAAAGCUUACAACACGUACCGGCGGGAGGCUGAUCCCGAUGACCAUUAUUCGCCGGGAGAAGGGGCACAGGCUGCGGCGGACAAGAGCAAAGAUGAGCUGGAGAUGAGCGCUGUCAUCUCGAUAAUGCAGCCCAUCCUCCGGUUCUUGCAGCUGCUCUGUGAAAACCACAACCGGGAUUUGCAGAAUUUCCUUCGCUGCCAGAACAACAAGACGAACUACAACUUGGUGUGCGAGACGCUGCAGUUCCUGGACUGUAUCUGUGGAAGCACCACUGGUGGACUCGGGCUUCUCGGUCUGUAUAUAAAUGAGAAAAACGUAGCACUGAUCAACCAGACGCUGGAAAGCUUGACCGAAUACUGCCAGGGGCCCUGCCACGAGAACCAGAACUGCAUUGCUACUCACGAGUCCAACGGCAUUGACAUCAUCACAGCAUUAAUUCUCAAUGACAUCAACCCUUUGGGAAAGAAGAGGAUGGACCUUGUGCUGGAACUAAAGAACAACGCUUCAAAACUGCUCCUGGCCAUCAUGGAGAGCAGGCACGACAGCGAGAACGCGGAGAGGAUCCUCUACAACAUGAGGCCCAAGGAGCUGGUGGAAGUGAUAAAGAAGGCGUAUCUGCAAGGAGAAGUCGAAUUUGAGGAUGGAGAGAACGGGGAAGAUGUUGCGGCAUCUCCCAGGAACGUGGGACACAACAUUUAUAUAUUAGCCCACCAGUUGGCUCGUCACAACAAAGAGCUGCAGAACAUGCUGAAGCCGGGAGGUCAGAUCGAAGGAGACGAGGCUCUGGAGUUCUACGCCAAGCACACGGCACAGAUUGAGAUCGUCAGGUCGGACCGCACCAUGGAGCAAAUCGUCUUCCCCGUGCCCAGCAUCUGCGAAUUCCUCACGAAGGAGUCCAAGCUGCGCAUAUAUUACACCACGGAGAGGGACGAGCAAGGCAGCAAGAUCAACGACUUCUUCAUGAAAUCGGAAGACCUCUUCAACGAGAUGAACUGGCAAAAGAAAUUGCGAGCUCAACCUUUCCUCUACUGGUGUGCUCGCAACAUGUCCUUCUGGAGCAGUAUUUCCUUUAACCUGGCUGUCCUUAUGAACCUGCUCGUGGCGUUUUUCUAUCCGUUCAAAGGAAUUCGAGGAGGGGCCAUCGUUUUCCCUCUCCCGAAGCCUCACGGCAUCCGAGCCUUAAUCGCUUCCACGAUAUUACGGCUAAUAUUUUCGGUUGGUUUACAGCCGACUUUAUUUCUUCUGGGUGCGUUCAACGUUUGUAAUAAAAUCAUUUUCCUGAUGAGUUUUGUGGGUAACUGUGGAACCUUCACUAGAGGCUACAAGGCGAUGAUCAUGGACGUAGAGUUUCUUUAUCACCUGCUGUACCUGCUGAUUUGUGCGCUGGGGCUCUUCGUACAUGAAUUCUUUUACAGUUUGUUGCUCUUUGACCUGGUGUACCGAGAAGAGACCUUGCUCAACGUCAUCAAGAGCGUCACUCGCAACGGGCGCUCCAUCAUCCUGACCGCCGUGCUCGCCCUCAUCUUGGUCUACCUGUUCUCCAUAGUGGGGUACCUCUUCUUCAAAGAUGACUUUAUCCUGGAAGUAGACAAGCUCCCCAAUGAAACCUCGUUGCCAGAUCGCACGGAACCAGGGGAGACCAUGACCGGGGAGUUUCUUUAUUCAGAUGUAUGCAAAGCAGGUAGCAGUGACAACUGUUCUUCAAUCAUUCCUUCAGACCAACUGGUGGCUGAAGAAACGGAGGAAGAGAAUAAAGAGCAUACGUGCGAGACGUUGCUGAUGUGCAUUGUUACUGUACUGAGUCACGGGCUCAGGAGUGGGGGUGGAGUAGGUGAUGUGCUCAGGAAACCAUCCAAGGAGGAACCUCUCUUCGCUGCUAGAGUGAUAUAUGAUCUGUUGUUCUUCUUCAUGGUCAUCAUCAUUGUCCUCAACCUGAUCUUUGGCGUGAUCAUUGACACUUUUGCCGAUCUAAGGAGCGAGAAACAGAAGAAAGAAGAAAUUUUGAAAACCACUUGCUUCAUUUGUGGUUUGGAAAGAGACAAAUUUGACAACAAGACGGUCACGUUUGAAGAGCACAUUAAAGAAGAGCACAACAUGUGGCAUUAUUUGUGCUUUAUUGUGUUGGUGAAAGUAAAAGAUUCAACGGAAUAUACAGGACCAGAAAGUUACGUGGCAGAAAUGAUCAAGGAGAGAAACCUGGACUGGUUCCCCCGGAUGCGAGCCAUGUCGCUCGUGAGCAGCGACUCGGAGGGGGAGCAGAACGAGCUGAGGAACUUGCAGGAGAAGCUCGAGUCCACCAUGAAGCUUGUGACCAACCUCUCCGGCCAGCUCUCAGAGCUUAAAGAUCAGAUGACGGAGCAGAGGAAGCAGAAACAGCGCAUCGGUCUCCUAGGACACCCUCCGCCCAUGAAUGUGAACCCGCAGCAACCGGCGUAAGGCAGGGGGGGUCCCAGAACCCCUCUGGCAGCAGCACCAAGUCACGCUAACCCCGAGCUCAGAUCCCGCCACCGAGGCUGCUUCUGCGUACGUUCGUUUUUGUAAAUAACCUGUUUUUAUACUGUAUGUAUAUGACUGCAACUCUAUAAAGUUUGGGGCGUGCAUCUUGUAAUUAGAACCGCUGGCACCAGGACGGAGGUUGAACUUUGUGCCAAAACUAUCAAAAAUUGCCUUUUUUUUUUUUUUUUUUCUUCUUGGAAGGACUAAAGAGAGCACCUGAAUUGCACUUGAAAAGAAUAUUUAACUACGUGACAUGUAUUUUGUAUUUAAAAAGAAGAAAUAGAAUAGCUGGUAUUUAUGUUUUUAUACAAUUGUGCAAUAUGAAUUAUGCAAUCACUAUAUAUUUGUAACUCCUGAAUGUCCUAAAGGGAGUGCACAUCUUUCAAUCUGGUGUGUUAGUACAAUGUAAUAAAUGGUAUAAAAUUACAGGUGUAAAUGAGGCUGCUGCAAAAUUGUGUAUCUGGUGAUUUUUCAUACCCUUGGACAUUUUUGUACCAUGUGUGUAAAUACCUUGCAAUGCCAUAUCUGUUGCCUCUUCCUCCCAGAGAUGACGCUGGGAAUCUGUGAGCUGUUAAAAUUGGUAUCACUUAAAGCAAAAAUGUUACUUUGAAGCUUCCAAACGAGGAAAGCAGGAGGUAUUUUUCAAGUGACUUGUUCAAAGUACUGAGGCUAGAAGAGCUCAGAUACCGGGUUUUUUAAACGCUAAGAUUUCUUAAAGGGAACUUUUUAUGCAAAAUGAAGUUUGGGAUGAGGAUGCACUUACUGGUGUGUCGGUGCAGUUUCCUACGGGCAUUUUGUGCCACGACACCGAAAACUUAUCACGAGGCUGUCCAGGCUUUGCGUUCUCAGUGUGUAGGAUCCUUUUCCCUUUUUUUUUUUCUUUUUAUUAGAGACCUACGUGCCUGCUACAGCUGUAGCAAACAGGCAUUGC